AUGGGGACUGAACAAUCAGGACUUUUCGCUUUCCUGAUGUCCCCGAGCACACAAAAAUCAUUCUUUCUUUACUACGAAAAGAUUCCGAAACGAAACAGAUGCCAUCUAAAUGUUUUCCUGGCGUUGUUGAAUCACGAAGACAGAAUUUGUAUCUCGACUUCGAGGAGUACAACGUCUUCCGAGAACCAAAUAGAAGAGGAGAACGACAUCAAUUGGCUCAAGUGCGAAACAGUUGACAACGUUCCACGAGGAGCGUUGCUGAUUACCCAUAGAAUCAUACCAAACUCGUCAAAUUUGAUUGGCAAGGAUGUUACGACGGUGGUGCUGAAUGCAAUGAUGAACAAUGAACUUAUCGGACAACUUUCGAAACUUGGAAAGUCGACGGAUGUUGUCGUUACGGGCGUUUUCGCCAAGGAAUCAUUCAUUGCUUCUGGAUCAGCAAUAGUGCGAAAUGUUGGAUCGACGAUCGAAACCGACAAUAUUGGAUGUCUUAUACGAAGACUAACCAACGAUCAACACAGCAGGAAAAGGAAGGCCACCGAUUGUAACUAUCAAUUAUGUGUAGUGGAAGGAUAUGUGCCGCCUGGUCUUAUUUCUGAAAAAUGA